AUGCGGCGUCGUCACCAUCGCCAGUUCGGACUGCCCAAUGCGAACCAGAUCCUCCUCUGUAUGGUCGUCUGCACGCUCCUGUUCUUGUCUUUGCUUCGUCAUAACUGGCUGCAAUUCGGAGAAGAUCCAGACGUCCAUGCGUCGCUCCGGCGUGUGUACAUUGUGCGCGGCAGCUCGACGGACUUCCAGUCAUGGGACACUUUUUGUGCCGACGAUUCGUUCACCAUGACCAUUCCCGGGACGACGAAUCAGACCACGACGGUCGUGGACAUGCAGGACGGCGCCGUGUUGUGCCAUCGACGCACAAAUGGACAACUCGUGCCGCACUUGAUGGUGUGGAUACUCGCCGUGGGACUCAGCUGUGCGCUCUCAAGUACGCUGCUGGCAGUCUAUCUGCAGCUGGGCAACCCGACGCGGGAGAUGAUCUUUUGGGUCGGAAUGCUGCCGGGGAUUGCGCUGUUUGGCUCUGCGGUGCUCGGGACGGCAUCGUUGAUCCUGUGGCAGAGGUACUACUUCCGGUUCAACAAUGGCGACUGCUUUAGCAUCACUGUGGCUGCUACAGUCAUUGCCUACGCAGCAGCGAUCUCUAUGGUCACGCGCUGGCGCUGGCCCGGCAUCUGCGCUGUGCCCAACGAGCAACAAGCUCUCGGUUCACGCCAGAAUGGAGACCGCUUGCCGCGUCGUCGCAGUCGAAGACUGGGAUCUGCCGCAACUGCUGCGACAGUGGCCGGUGAUAUGGCUGCGCCACUGAACCGCUGA